UCUUGUGUCAUUGCUCGGCUGACUCUGUUGAGCGCUUUGUCUUCAGGGAAAAUCUCAGUAGUUUGUGACUUGACAACACUUGCCGUCAUGAAUCGGAACGCUUUGCGUAUUUUGCUUCUGACAGUGCUGUGUUCGUUUGCACGAAAUGAAACGAUCAAUCCAGCUAUUGCUGAUGAGCAGCUGCUCUGGGUCGGUGGUCAAGUCGGAGAAGUUCACACCUACAGAAUUCCCCUGCUCACCUUCACUACUCAGGGAAGUCUGCUGGCUUUUGCAGAGGCCCGGAAACUGUCUUUCAAAGACAAGGGAGCCAAGUUCAUCGCUUUGAGACGCUCCACAGACAGAGGAGUCACCUGGUCUCCCACCUCCUUCAUAGUGGAUGAUGGUGCUCUAGCAGAUGGGCUGAAUCUAGGUUCGGUUGUUGUGGAUGAAGAGACUGGUGCUGUGAUACUCAUCUACUCGUUGUGUUUUCACCGUUACCGCUGCAAGCCCUCCAGCACCAUGAUGGUUCAGAGUCUAGAUGACGGGUUCACCUGGAGCGCCCCACGAAACCUUAACCCUCAACUGGGGCUCAUGAGUUUUGCUCCUGGACCUGGCUUCGGUAUACAGAAACGUCAUCCGCCUGCUGUUGGGCGUCUGGUGGUGUGUGGCCACGGCAGCAUCAUUGGAGACGGAGUGUUUUGCAUCCUGAGUGAUGAUCAUGGAAACACAUGGAGAUACGGAGCUGAACUGAAGAGCAUUCCCUACAACCAGCAUAAAAACAACCUUGACUUUGACCCAGAUGAGUGUCAGCCAGUAGAGCUGGAUGACGGCAGCAUCUUGAUUAAUGUGCGCAACGAUAAACACUACCACUGCCACUGUCGCAUGGUUGCACGCAGUCUGGAUGGAGGAGAGUCUCUGCCGGUGGAGGAGCUGGUGUUUGAUCACACACUGGAGGAUCCUGCGGUUGCAGCUGGAGCUUUAGAGAAGGAAGGAGUGCUUUACUUCACCAACCCAGCCAAUGCUAAUAACAGAGUGAACCUCACCCUUCGCUGGUCUCUGAAUCGUGGUAAAUCAUGGGUGAAAGAUACUCUGAAGAUCUGGGCCGGGCCAAGUGGAUACUCUUGUAUGACGUCACUUAAAGGCAAUGAAACUGAGGAUCAUAAAUACAUCUAUGUCAUCUUUGAGAAAGGCCAAAAAGACUAUUUUGAGUCCAUCUCUUUUGUCAAAAUUGACCUGUACAGCGAACAGUGAAUAAAGUCACUGAUUCAUUUUAGAAAGAAAA